UUGCCCAUUUGACACUUCAGCUUCAGACUUCAUAAACAUAUGAUUAAUGUUUGUAAAUUGAAAGUCCGUUCUUUGUUUUACUCUUAGGUUUUACUUAAUUGUGUUGGAAUUUCAGAAAAUACGCACUUGCCUACGAAAUAAAAAACGUCCGUUUUGCCUUUAUAAUAAUCAUCAUAAUGGAUGACGAUAUUCUCACAACUCUAAAAAUUUUAAUAAUCGGUGAAAGUGGAGUUGGUAAAUCUAGCCUUUUACUACGAUUUACAGAAGAUAAUUUUGAUCCAGAGCAAACGUUAACGAUAGGAGUUGAUUUUAAAACAAAAAAGCUAAAUGUAGAAGGAAACACUGUGAAACUGGCAAUUUGGGAUACAGCUGGUCAGGAACGAUUUAGAACGUUAACACCAUCGUACUACAGAGAUGCACAAGGGGCUAUUCUAGUAUUUGAUGUUGGUAGCCAAGCAACAUUUGCAAAAUUAGAAACAUGGUUAAAUGAACUUGAAACAUACUCAACUAAAAAUAACAUCGUUAAAAUGAUAAUUGGCAAUAAGAUCGAUGUGGACCAUCGGGAGGUUUCGAGAGAACAGGCCAUGGCAUUUGCAAGAAGACACCAAACGUUAUACAUAGAAGCUAGUGCCAAAACUAAACAUGGAGUUCAAGCAGCGUUUGAGGAAUUGGUUCACAAAAUUAUUCAAACACCAGGUUUAUGGGAAUCUUAUGAUGCCGGCAAUAUCCAUGUUGGUACUAAAGAUCAUACAGCUCGAAGUGGAUGUGCUGCCUAUUGCAGCUUAGCAUAAAGUUAAGGUAUCAACAUUAAUGGUGCAUUCGUGUGUUAAUUUUAUACUUCGUUAGAUACAGUAAGUAAAAAACCUGAAAUUAUUUUACAGAAGUAAGUAAUUGAUUGUUAUUCAAUACAUAUAUUUUCUCACACUUGCUGUAGUUCGAGUUACAUAGCGACCACCAAAUCAUAAACAUGUUAAUUUUCUUAUACAAGUUUUCUAGUCAUUUUUGUUACAUACAAUAAUUAUACAAAAAAAUGUCCGAUCAGUUCUCAAUUCAAACUUAUUUUUACAUUGUAUACCUAGUCUUUAAAAAUAACAGGGGUAAUGUAUGUAUUGGCUAUUGCUGAGGAAACAUUUAUAAACAAAUCAAAUGUAUGAUGAAGCUUAGUACAUCUUCUGAGAGCCGGCUGUACUUUCAGAAAUUCUAAUUUCGCUUGAAAAAAUAUGAACUUAAAACCAGUAAAAUGUAAAUAGAAGCUAGUGAACAUUAUCUACAGUACUAUUAUCUAAUUACUUUGUGUGUUAUAAUCCUUUUAAGUGAUUAAAUGUCUAAUUUAUU